AAAUUUGCGGUCACCCUAGCAGCCAGUGCACGUGUGAGGACACAAACAUUGUUUUCUUAGCGAUUUUUAAGGAAAUAAUUCAAAAUGAUAGAUGCAGAUAUUAUUAAAAAUAAGGUACGGCAGUACUACAACCGUGUACAUAACUUAGAGCAAGUGUCUGAUAAAAAAGAAAAUGGGGUUGAACAGAUGAAACGUUUCCAGCAGCGUGUGCUCAAUUUAUUGAAAACACACAAAGUGCCAUAUUCAACAAAAGAAGAUGAGGACACCUACGAAGAUUACUUACUUUCGGAUGAUGAAAACGCCGCUAAGACUAAUGGGAAAAACAAGAAAAAACAGUUGAGAAAUAAGGAAGCAGAUAGCUCAGAAGAUGAAAACGUCGAUGAACGAAUUGCUUCCAUCAAAAACAAACUGCGACAGAAAAAGAGGCCUACAACAGAGAAACAACAAAAGAGACGCGAAGCAAAGAAAUUGAAGCGAAGCAAGGGAGUGCAAAAGAUUCUACAAUCCUCAGGGAAAUCGUUAAAGAACGAGAAUGUAAAGCAACAGAAACUAAAAAAUGGAUUUGUGAAACUAGAAAAACAUGUAAAUGGGGAAACGGAGGAUAGCAAAGAACAGAUUCAACCAGUUAAAGUGCAACCCGUUUAUAACGAAGAGGCGAAAAUUGUUUACUCUAAGAUCGAUUUUGCCGCCAAUCCUGGUACAAAGGCAAAAAAAUCCCACCAAAAUCCAAAGGAAAUAUUGAAAAAGCUGAAGGACACGCGUCAGCACAUCAACGAGUUGAAGGAACAAGGUGACACCGAGAAGGCCGCUGAAAUCCAAAAUGACAUUGCAUGGAAAAAGGCGUUCGAUAAGAUCGAGGGCAAAAAAGUCAAGGAUGACACUAAGCUGCUACAGAAGGCUAUCAAAAAGCGAAAGGUAGAGAAGCGAGUGGCGAAGAAGAAGUGGACGGACCGCAAGGAGAAAGUAGAACACGAUAUUGCGAAGCGACAGAAGAAACGUCAAGAAAAUUUGGAUAAGCGCAGCAAGGAUAAGAAAAUCAAGAAAUUGAAAAAGGCAAGCAAGAAGGGUCGAAUUAUAGCUGGCUACUAAAAAAAACUUUGGCAACUUAAGCUAGGUUUAACAACUCAAAAUAAAAAUUGACAUACAAAAA